UCAGUGGAGAGAAGUGCCCCAGGGGAGGAGAUACCCUUUGAAUUUGGGACAAGAGAAAAACUGAGACACAGACACACUCACGACUUACGGAUUCACCAGCUCCAGGUGCGGGUCAGUGGUUGGGAACAGGUCAGCCCGGUGUCUGUGGAUAAAGUCGGGAUAUUUUUCCGCUAUGCGGCGCCGGAUAAGAAUUCCUCCUCAUCAUCCGUUGGGAGCCCAAUAAGCAGAACCAACAUCAUUCAUCCUCAGGUCUAUUUCUCGGCGUUGCCCCCCGUGCGCGUUGUGUUUGCCGUCACUAUGGAGGGCAGCGCUCGUAAGGUGGUGACUGUCCGAUCGUCUCUGAUAGUAAAGAAUAUGCUGGAGAUCCCGAUGGAGCUGCGACUGGACAGCCCCUCCGCCCCGGACA